AAAUCAAGCAACAAAUCCGAUACGAUCGUUGAACUAUAAUCACCUUAUCCAAGUGAUCAAAGUAAAAAGAGUUAAACUCAAAUUAUUAACAAUGAAAGUGUUUUUAGUGUCGACCAUGCUUUUGGCUGUAGCUAUGGCUGCACCAGGACUCAUGGAUAAUCAAGUGGAAAGUGAUAAUUCAAUUGUGUCGAAAAUUUUCCAAUCUUGUUCGGAAAGCGGUGAUUUAACAACAUGCUUGGCUGUUAAAGGAAUAAGUGCAUUGAACCGUGCUGCCCGUAGCAAUAAUUUGGAAAUUAUUCCCGGAGUGACAUUCCUCAAAAAUCCAUCCUAUUCAUCACGUGUUGGUAAAGCUCUAUCAGAAAAUGAAAUCGUUGCAUCUCUGCCAGCUGAUGCAUCAGGAAAAUCCGGACGAUUAUUUGAUCUUGCUAUGGAUUCCAUUUCAAACUUCUUCUCUUCACACAAAUUGGAAGUACAAUUCCCAGAAGAAACAACAACCGACAUUGCACGCGCCAUCGAAGAAGGACGCGGAAAGAUUAAGAAGAUUGCUGCACCAAUCAUUUUGGCCAUCGGUGCUAAGGUCAUCGCAUUGAUUCCAAUCUUUUUGGGUGGUCUUAUUCUUCUCGCCACAAAGGCUUUGGUCGUUGCCAAAAUCGCUUUCGUUGUAGCAUCAAUUCUUGGAUUCCAAAAAUUGUCCGGUGCUGGUGGUUCCGGAUUCAAUUUACUCAGCAAAUUCUCGGGCGCUGGUGCUAGCGCAACUCCCCAAUGGGGAAAUGCAGCUCCAGCAUGGUCGAAUGCUGCAUCCACUCAAGGCUGGACAUCGGGUUCAGGAAACUCAUAUCCGUAUGCUCGCAGUUAUGAUGCACAAGAUAUGGCAUAUAGUGAACAAGUACCAACAUCAUCUUAAUUGCAAAAUUCGUUAGAAUAACCCCCAACAACAACACCAACUAAUCUCAAUAAUUCUUUGAACGAAUAUGAUGCCAAAACUAUGCCGUCGUAUAUUAAUGUAAAUGAUCUGAUAACAACGCAUGUUUCCGUGUUGUACUUCAGAUCCUUUGCAUUUUGUAAUGUGUUGACUCUGAAUGAAAUUAAGUAUAUAGUAUCUAUACAGCUUGGUAAGCUAUAACUAAAUUAUUUAUUUAAUAUUUAUAUGAUCUGCUAAAUUAUUGAAUUAAAUAAAAAUUGAAAUGUGAGUUAAAUGUAAACAGAUGG